AAGAGCAUCAUUGCCCAGGGAGAGGGUCUGAAUACAUGUAUAGGAUGUGGGAAAAGCUUCUGUCUGAGAUCAAAUCUUAUUACACACCAGAAACUCCACAUGGGAGAAAAACCUUAUAAAUGUACUGAGUGUGAGAAAAGCUUCCUUCAGAACUCCAAACUUAGUCAGCACCAGGGAAUCCACAUGGGAGAGAAACCCUAUAAAAGUCUGGAAUGCAGAAAAGGCUUCACUCUGAGCUCCACACUCAUUCGUCACCAGAAAAUUCACAGGAGAGAAAGGCCCUACACAUGCACCGAAUGUGGGAAAAGCUUCAAUAAACACUCAACACUUGCACGGCAUCAGAGAAUCCACACGGGAGAGAAACCCUUCAGAUGUUUAGUACAUGGGAAAAGCUUCAGUCGGAGCUCAACACUCAUUCAGCAGGAGAGAAUCCAUACAGGGAAUAAACAGCAUAAAUGUGCUGAAUGCGGAAAGAGCUUUAGUCAGAACUCAGAUCUGAUUGUACAUCAGAGAAUCCACACUGGCGAGAAACUCUAUGCUUGUACUGAGUGUUGGAAGAGUUUUAGCUGCAGGUUAAUGCUUAUUAAACAUCAGAGGAUCCACACAGGACAGAGAGCCUAUAAGUGCCCUGAAUGGAAGAAAAACUGCUCCUGGAGCUCAGACCUUAUUCAUCACCAGAGGAUCCACAUGGAGGAGAAACUCUAUAAAUGCACUAAGUGUGGGAAAAGCUUCAGUAAGAAAUCACAACUCAUCCAGCACCAGAAAAUGGAUUUCUGGUUCCCAAACCUGAUGUGAUUCCCAGAUGGAAUGAGGGGAAGAAGCAUGCGUCCCAGAUCUCUAGGCCACCAAAAAAAGGGAGGUUCUGAAAGCUACCCAGACAGGUGAAGAGUAAAUUGUUGAACCAGUUGAGAAGCUAUCCAUGAGUAAAGUAUAAUGCUGGAAUUCCAAGACAGCCAUCAGUUAAUACAGUAAUAAUAUUUGGUGACCAUUAUAGUGUUUCACAUGUGCCAAGGGCAUUCAUUUAGUGAAUUGGUGUCAGAGUUACGACUAGGAUUUAGGCAUUCCUGGAUGCUAGCCCUGUGCUUAGUCCUUUAGUCCAAUGGGAGUCAGGCAUCUAAAUACCAUUAAGGAUAUGAGCCUUAAGGCUUGUCUACCUUACCUGCUGGAUUGAUGGGCAGUGAUCGAUCCAGCAGGGGUCGAUUUAUCAUGUCUAGUCUAGACAUGAUAAAUCUACUGCCGAGUGCUCUCCUGUCGAUUAUGAUACUCCACCAGGGCGAGAGGCGCAAACGGAGUUAAUGGGAGAGCAUCAGCCGUCGACUUAUUGCAGUGAAGACACCACGAUGAUGAAAUCUUCUUCAGUGAAAAUAAGGAGGAGAAUUCUCCCCUGAGAAUACACAAGACAGAGACACUGAACAUGUGUGCAGACCUUAUUAAACAUCAGAGAUUGCAAAUGGGAGAGAGGCCAUAUAGGUGUUCUGACUGUGAGAAGAGUUUUAGUCGGAAGUCAGAUCUUACUCGACAUCAGCGAAUCCACACAGGAGAGAAACCCUAUACAUGUGCUCAGUGUGGGAAAAGCUUCAUCGCUCACUCGGCACCAGGAAACCCACGGGGGAGUGAAA